AUGUCAGCUCUGUACAAAGAAUUGCUUCUACUCGUUCAUCAAUAUCUUGACGAAGAGGGUUUAAAGCAAACCAUGCGCAUGCUCGAGAAGGAAUCAGGUGUAUUCUUUGAUUUGAAGUACUUUGAAGAGAAAAUUCUUGCUGGUGAAUUUGAUGAAAGUGAGAAGUACCUCAGUGCCUUUAUCAAUAUCACUGACAGUCCAAGCUCCAUGAAAAUGUUCUUUGAGAUUAGGAAGCAAAAGUAUCUUGAAGCCUUGGACAGGGGUGACAAAACGACGGCGGUUGAAAUUCUGGUUAAAGACUUAAAAAUAUUUUCAACAUAUAAUAAUGAUCUCUACAAUAAAAUAAUAAAUCUUAUAACUCUUGACAACUUCAGGGAGAAUGUAGAAUUAUCGCAUUAUCGAGAUGUUAAAUCAAUUAGAAAGACAUUGAUGGAAGAGCUCAAGAAUAUGAUUGACAUGAACCUCGUAUUGAAGAAAAAGAUUAUGCUGCCUUCGUUGUCGUCGUCGCGGUUGCGAUAUCUGGUUAAUCAAGGUUUGAAUUGGCAGCAUCACCUAUGCAAGUAUCCAAAGGAAAAUCCAGAAGUCACAACAUUGUUGAUCGACCAUACUUGUCCUUCGCCUCAACAGAUGUUGCUGCUACAGAUGCCUACAAUGCUUCCUGCUACAGAUUCUGUUCCACUUCCCCCAGCCCCUGCAUGGAUGGUGAAUGGAAAUCCUUCCUCGUCUUCACAAUCACAUGCUACACUAGCAGCUUCCUCAUUGCCCGGUCCUUCGAAUCAAGGCUCUAUUUCGAAGCUUUCAUUAACAAUGAAUGCUCCACUUCCACCUAUGGAUCGCCAAAGUAAUGACCGCGUUCAACAAUUAAGACGGUUUCUGGCUGCAGAAUCGGUUGAAGAGCAUUACUCUAAUGGCACCUCUUUACAGGCUGGGCAAGUUGCAUCUACCGUUACACCACAACCAACAACUCGGUUGUUUGAUGAAAUUCCCCAAACUGUUGUUUGGGAGUUAAAUCAGGGAUCAACUGUGAAGACCAUGGAAUUUCAUCCUACAAUUCAUUCUAUACUAGCUGUUGGUUGUGAAAAUGGUGAAAUUUCACUAUGGGAUGCAAGGAUUAAAGAGAAGUUGAUAGCGAAAUCUUUCAAUAUAUGGAAUCUUUCUAAAUGUUCCGUCGAAUUUCAGGCUGCAAAUCCGCAAGAAUUGUCGGUCAUUCGUGUAGCAUGGAGCCCGGAUGCUAGUUACAUUGGUGUUGCUUUUGCAAAGCAUUUGAUUCAUUUGUAUUCCUAUCAAUUCCCUAAAGGUGUACAUCAGCAUUUGGAGAUUGAUGCUCAUGAUGGUGGUGUUAAUGACUUGGCAUUUUCAGUUCCAAAAAAUCAGCUAUGUGUUGUAACUUGUGGAGAUGAUAAGUUAAUUAAGGUAUGGGAUUUGAAUGGAGAUAAGAUCUUUAGCUUUGAAGGCCAUGUAGCUCCUGUUUGUUCAGUUCUUCCUCACUCAAAGCGAAAUAUCAAGUUUUUAAUUUCUACUUCGAUUGACGGAAAAUUUAGAGUCUGGUUGUAUGAGAACGAGAGCCUCCAGGUGGAAUGCGACACUCCUGGAAAGUGUAGCACUUCACUGCUCUAUAGUGCUGAUGGAACUAGAUUGUUUUCGUGUGGGACAACCACGGAGGGAGAUUGUUUCCUAGCUGAGUGGGAUGACAAUGUCGGUGUAGUAAAAAGAAUUUAUUCUGGGUUUAGAUCCAAUUCUGCUGGCAUGGUGCAAUUUGACACUGCAAAGAGUCGAUAUUUGGCUGUCGGUGUAGAUAACCAAAUUAAGUUUUGGGAUGUGGACAUUAUUAAUGUUCUAACUAGUACAGAUGUUGAUGGUGGUCUUCCUAGUCUACCUCGCUUGACGUUCAACAAGGAAGGAAAUUUGCUUGCUGUUUCUACAGUAGAUGGUGGUUUUAAAGUCCUUGCUAACGUCAAUGGUAUCAAAUUCUUGGGCGGCAUUGAAUCAAAUAAAGAACCUAUUGAUGUAAAGAUGGAAGACAUGUUUGCUAUAGCUAGUAGCGACGAGAAUAAUAGAAAUUCAGAUGAUACAAAUUCAAAUGAUGUAAAGGAAAUCACUCUUCCUGUUCAGUGUCAGGUAGUUACUAUGCCGGAGACUGUGGGUCCGAGUAACAAGGCUAUUCGUCUUGUUUACACCAAUGAUGGAGAUGGUCUUCUUGCUCUUGGUUCAAAAGGGAUUCAAAAGUUGUGGAAAUGGAAACCUACUCGAUUGAAUCGUAGUGGAAAGGCGACUGCAAGUGUUGCUCCUGAACAUUGGACACCGAAGACUGAUGUUUUUUUGAAGAACGAUGUCCCAGACAAUUCUGAUUCAGCGAUUCCUUGCUUAGACAUCUCCAAUAAUGAUUUCUAUGCUAUGUCUUCAUGUGGAGGAAUAGUUUCAUUAUUCAACAUGGUGAAAUUUAAAAUAAUGGCUGAAUUUUUGCCACCUCCACCAGCUCCAACAUUCCUUGCGUUUAACCCUGUAGACAAUAACAUUGUUGUGAUCGGAAGGGAAGAUGCGGAGAUUGAUAUUUUUAUGCACAGUAAGCUUGUGGAGAAACUAAGGGGUCACCAAAAACACAUCACUGGUAUAGUGUUUUCUCCUCGACUGAAUACAAUGGUAACUUCAGAUGCUGAUGCUCAGCUUUUCUCUUGGUGCACGACGACAUGGGUUAAGAAGAAACAGGUGUCAAUCCGAAUGCCAGGUGGUGGAAAUGCACCUGCAGGUGACACUAAAGUUCAAUUUCGCAUCGAUCAAGUGAAGUUGCUGGUAUGCCAUGAAACACAGAUAGCGAUAUACGAUGCUUCAAACAUGGAAUUGAUUCGCUGGUGGCUGCCACAAGGAGGAUUGUCUGGUGCCAUAUCCUCUGCAACUUAUUGUUGCCAUGGUGAAGUAAUUUAUGCUGCUUUUACUGAUGGAAACAUUGGAAUAUUUAGUGCUGACAACCUCAUACUACGAUGUCGCAUUUCUUCGUCUUCAUACCUAUUUCAAACUCCAUCAAACAGUCAAAAUGUGUACCCUCUUUUUAUCACAAGACAUCCACAAGAUCGCUAUCAAUUUGCAAUUGGACUAUCAGAUGGAUCUGUUACAAUUAUGGAGCCCAAAAAGUAUGAAGCAUGGUGGUGGUAA